AUGUCCGGCAACAAAUUGAAUGUAGCAGUGGCCGGACUUGGCCGCAUGGGGUUGCGACAUGCUCGCCAUUUCGCAAAUUUCACACCGAAGGCCAACCUGAUAGCCGUGAGCUCCCCAGUCCAAGCGGAACUGGAUGCGGCACAGGCCGAGUUCGGGCCCCUGAGGACAUACCUGGACUACGAUGAGAUGCUCAGGAAAGAGUCCACAUUGCAAGCUGUAGUCGUCUCCAGCGCGACCACGGUGCACGCAGAGCAGGCCAUCAAGGCCAUCGAGAAGGGCCUGCACGUGUUGUGCGAAAAGCCGCUCAGCACGAGCGUCGAGAUCUCACAGUCCGUUGUUGACGCAUAUAAGAAGUCCCUGAAGAAGAACCCGGCGCAGAAGGUCAUCUGCGGCUUCUCGCGCAGGUUUGACGCAUCUUACCGAGACGCCUACAAGCGCCUCUCCACAGGAGCCAUCGGCACACCAUCGGUCUUCCGAUCUCAGACUGCUGAUAAGCUGGACCCGUCAGGCUUCUUCGUCGCCUAUGCCGAGUUCAGCGGUGGUAUCUUCGUCGACUGCUCUAUCCAUGAUAUUGAUCUGGCGCUGUGGUUCUUCGGCGAGGACAGCAAAGUCAAGAGCGUAUCUGCUGUGGGCAUCACAGCUGUGCAGCCUGAUCUGAGGAAGCAUAACGAUCGAGACAACGCUGUUGCUGUGGUCGAGUUUUAUGGCGGCAAAAUUGCUCAGCUGUUCUGCUCCCGCAUGAUGGCAGCCGGCCAAGAAGACACAACUGAGAUCUUCGGCACAGCUGGCAAGAUCGCAAUCAACACUCAGCCUCAGCUCAACCUGGUAAACUUAUUUGAGCCUAAUGGAAUUCGCCGUGAGAUCCCUGGAGACUACUACGGUCGCUUCCGUGAGGCAUUCAUUACCGAGGCCAACGAGUUCACUGAGAGCUGCCUGAACAACACACCACCGCCGCUGAAGCUGGAAGGGGCUGUGAACGCCGUAAGGAUUGGUUGUGCGUUGCAAGAGAGUCUGAUUUCGGGGAAGAAGAUCGAAUUCGACGAGAGUGGAAACAGGAUCGAGUCUCCCGAGCGGGCAAGACUAUCAUCGAUACUAGCCAUGCGGGGCAUAAUGGCAACCAUCCUACUGGCAGAAGUUGACAUGGUUUAUAUGAGAUUGAGAGAUUUAAGACGGGGUUUCAUUCUGAAGGGGGAAAACAAGGAAGAGCAGCCCGAUCCAGGGACAUAUCCAGGCUGUCAGGCUAAAGAUCGCCAAGGUUUCAUCGCCGAUGAGUUCCUGAUGCGGCAAUUUUUAGGUUCGCCCGAAGGGCUGGGGCUGCAACCCGUCGCCUUGCACUAUGACGACGCCGGGGCUACCCCGCCUCAAUUUUGUGGUACGAGGGGCAGCAUGGACUCUAAAUUCAACUCGGCUGGCGGAGCCAAUGUCGAGCAGGUUGAGAACCAGGCCAAGACUGGCCCCCCUAUCCUCGAUGCCUCACUCAACCCAUCGGAAACUGUCUCGUAUGGAGAGCAAGGCAUCAAGGGUCUGAUCAGCUCUCCCUACAUCUUCGGAGCAGCAUUACUUGCCUCCAUGGGCGGCUUCUCCUUUGGCUACGACCAGGGUGUCAUAUCCAUCAUCAACGUGAUGGACCAGUUCCACGCUGUGUUUCCCCGGGCGGAGACUGCAUUCGGAAAGGGUCUAAUGACUGGCAUGCUCGAAUUUGGCGCCUUUCUCGGAUGUUUUUUCAUGCCCGCACUCGCCGACAGGGUAUCACGAAAACGGGCCAUUGCUUUCGUCGUCAUCAUCUUCAACAUCGGAGCCAUCAUGCAGACAACCGCAAGAAGUUAUGCCGUCUUGGUCGCUGGCAGAACAAUUGGAGGAAUAGGAGUCGGCACCUUGGCCAUGGGAGCACCCAUUUACAUUUCUGAAAUCUCCCCGCCCAACCUUAGAGGUACACUCCUGGUGCUCGAGUCCAUCUCGAUCGUUGGAGGCGUCGUUAUCUCGUUCUGGAUCACCUACGGAACUCGCCACAUCGACGGCGAGGCAUCGUUUCGAAUCCCCUUUGGCCUGCAGAUGGUGUCUUCAACCCUGCUCGGCCUCGGAAUUCAGGCCUUCCCGUACUCGCCCCGAUGGCUCGCCUUGGUUGACAGGCCUGACGAGGCGCUCUCCAGCCUCUCGCGUCUGCGAAGACUGCCGACCACCGACUCCCGCGUGCAGGCGGAGCACCAUGGGAUCCUGACCGAAGUCGCGAUCCAGAAGAAGAUCCAACACAAGAAGCACCCUGGCGUCAGCGGGAUCAGGCUCGAGAUUAUCGAAUGGCUCGACGUGUUCAAGCUGUGGCGUCGCACUGUUGUCGGCGUGGGCGUCGCAUUCUUCCAGCAGUUCUCUGGUAUCAAUGCCUUCAUCUACUACGCGCCCACCCUGUUUGAGUCGCUGGGCCAGGACCCAGAGAUGGCUCUGAUCAUGUCCGGCAUCUUCAACAUUCUGCAAUGGGUUGCCGUUGGCAUGUGCUUCCUCGUCAUCGAUAAGGUUGGCCGUAAGCCUUUAGCCAUCUUCGGUGGCUUCAGCUCCGGUCUCACCUGGAUUAUCAUGGCGGUCCUUGUCGGCGUCUUCUCCCAUGACUGGCCGUCCAACCCCGCAGCCGGCUGGGCCGCUGUUGCUAUGGCUUUCCUGUUCAUUCUGACGUAUGGAAGCACAUUCUCCUGCCUUGGUUGGUGUCUCCCUGCCGAGGUUUUCACCAAUGCAACACGUGCGAAGGGUGUCGCUUUGUCAACUGCCACAGUGUGGCUUUGCAACUUCAUCGUAGGAGUGGCUACCCCGCCUAUGCUUGAACAACUGGGCUUUGGCACAUAUGUUUUCUUUGGGUCAUUCUGUAUCUUGUCCGGCUUCUGGGCAAUCUUUCUCGUCCCUGAGACAAAAGGUAAGACGUUGGAGCAGAUGGACGAGCUGUUUAAAGACACGGCAGCUCAGGAAGAGAAAGAAAUAAUGAGGGCUGAGAUUAUGGCCGACGCGGCCUUGCAUGAGGGCCAGAAGUACGACUCUGCUUAA